GGGGGGUUAAGUAUAAAGCCGGUCUAUGAACUAACUUUUUAUCUCAUUCCCUGCCUUUUGGAGCGUGAUAUUAUUUCUCAUAAAAACCCACAAUAAGCAUGAAUGUGAAAAUGAAUGGGGUCCAGAGCAAUGGCAUCCACAGUAAUGGUAUGAACGGAAGCUUCAUGAACGAGAACGGUGUGCAUCAUGUGAGUGUGAGGACUCAUGUCAACCCAGCCAAACUGAAGAGCCGCAGGCAGAGAUGGAACGUCAGAGCCUCAGAGAUGUCCAAGAACACACACAACCCCAUCCGAUCUAUCGUGGAUGGGAUGAAACUCACCCCCAAUCCUGAAAAACCAAUGAUUGCCCUAUCCAUUGGUGACCCAACCGUGUUUGGGAAUUUGCCAACAGAUGACUCUGUUUUGCAGGCAAUGAAGGAGGCCAUUGACUCGCACAAAUACAAUGGAUAUGCUCCUUCAGUAGGCUACCAAAAAAGCAGAGAGGUUGUGGCAAACUUCUUCAGUCGUCCAGAAGCUUCACUGGAAGCCAAAGAUGUGAUCUUGGCCAGCGGCUGUAGUCAGGCAAUAGAAUUGGCCAUCAGUGUGUUGUGUAACCCAGGAGAUAAUAUAUUAGUUCCAUGUCCUGGGUUCUCCCUCUACAAGACUCUGGCAGUGUCAAUGGGCAUACAGGUCAAGCUCUACAAUCUGCUGCCUGAGAAAUCCUGGGAGAUUGAUCUACAUCAUCUCGAGGUUCUGAUUGAUGAGAAAACAACUUGCCUGAUUGUCAAUAACCCAUCCAAUCCUUGCGGCUCUGUGUUCCCCAAGGAGCACCUGCAGAAGAUACUCUCUGUUGCCUCAAGAAACUGCAUCCCUAUCCUUGCUGAUGAGAUCUACGGAGACAUGGUGUUCCCUGGCUGUGACUUUCACCCAAUGGCACCUCUCAGCAUUGAUGUACCCAUCCUGUCCUGUGGUGGUUUGGCCAAGCGCUGGUUGGUGCCGGGAUGGCGGAUGGGCUGGGUGCUCAUCCAUGAUCGUAAUAACAACUUUGGAACUGGAAUUCACGAGGGUCUUGUAAAAUUAAGCCAGCGAAUUUUGGGACCCUGUACUGUGGUCCAGGGAGCAUUAGAGGUCAUUCUGAAUAAUACACCACCAGAAUUCUACCAAAGCACCAUCAGCUUCCUCAAGUCAAACGCAGAGAUAUGUUUCUCAGAGUUGUCAACUGUUCCCGGACUGAACCCAGUAAUGCCGUCCGGAGCCAUGUACAUUAUGGUGGGGAUUGAGAUGGAGCACUUCCCAGAAUUCCAGAAUGAUGUGGAGUUCACUGAACGGCUGGUCACUGAGCAAUCUGUGUUCUGUUUGCCUGCUACGGCAUUUGAAUAUCCAAACUUCUUCCGAAUUGUGGUAACAGUACCAGAGGAGAUGAUGGUGGAGGCGUGUAUUCGGAUCAGAGAAUUCUGUGCACGCCAUUAUCGACCUCGAAGUCAAGACAGCAAUGAACUGGACCAAUGAAAUAUACAGACAUAAAGAGAUAUUGUAAAAGGAGGAAAGGAGAGGUUAAAGUGCAGACUGAAGUGGUGGACAAAGCUGCAGAAUGAAAGUGUAGAAAGAGAGGAGACAUUUAUGUGCACUACAUAUGACAUAUGACUGUGUCUGAGUGAAAAUCUGGGAUGCAAAAUCUAUUUUGAACCAGGAAAUAAACUAAGUUUUAAAAAUGUUACACAAUCCUAGGUCACUAAUCAAAUUUGUUACAUUUGUGACCAUAUUAACUCCAGAUUUACGUGCUUCCACUGAAACACACAGGAUGUUCUACGGAUCAUUCUCAAAUCAUGUUGAAAUGGAUAAAACAAACUUGUUGAGUCAAUGCCAGCUUAAGUUUAUGCAAUCAUUAAAGCAAAAGAACAACAUACCGAAAUAAUUCUGAAAUACAUGCACAUUUUCCAGUUAACUUUUCACUCAAAUAGUUAAGCUGACAAUAUCCUGUGUAAUGAAUAACAUAUUAAAUUAGACAUAUGCAAAAUAGAAACAUUGUCACUAUAGUGAUCUCAGACAUUUUAAUCCCACAGUAGUUUGAUUUCUUUCCCUUUUAGGAAACUCAGCUCUAUGCAGACUUUAUAUUUAUAUUUUUUGUAUGAGCCAGUAUUAUAAUGGGAAGGGGUAUGCAUUGUUGCCUUUUUUUCUUUUUUCUUUCUUCACUUUUUAAUUAUUGUAAAAUAUUUAAAUCUUUUGUAUUUUUCUUAUACUGUAACAUACAUUGUGGUAAGUUUGGAAACCCUCAUGAGCAAACCAUAAAGCCAUUUAAUCUGUAA